AUGAUCAGGAGACUUCGCGGAGAAACUUCCUGGGAUGAUUAUGUGAAGGAGAUACAAGAUGAGGAGAAAAAGAUUGCAAUCAUUGAUGAUUGUACCAUGGACGGCCUGUCCCGAGAAUGCCGCCCGGCAAUCUCAAUGGCCGAGAUGUGUGAUGUCCUACAAGAACAAAGAUUUCGAAAGGACUCCCCUGUCCCGAAUGCCGAUAUACGAAGAAUGUGUCAUGCGCUGACACGUUCUGCCAGAUACGCCCCCGACAUCACCUUUAUAACAAGUCUCUGCAUAGCAGACAAUGCUUCACCGUUAGACAAACGCGUACUCGCCGAGUUUUUCCAGCGUCAUCUGACAGCAGAACCGGUGAUUGACCCUCGGAAACUGUCCGAUGGCGACCAGGCCUUUGCGUUUGAGUAUCACUAUCCGCAUUUGGUGCUUCGGAGAGGCCGCGGCCUGCUGGAAGACAACAGGACUACUCCUGGCAACAAACCACUCCGUUCAUUGACGGAUAUCACCUUUCUCAGAGAUGUGGCUGAAGAUACAGAAGGGCUUGAAAUGGAUUAUCUCUACCAAGCAACGACAUCAUGCUUGGUCAUUGGGCACCAUAGCCUGCGAUGGACAGCAUACAUGUUCACAGACACCUACUUUUCUGUUCACGACGACACCGCCAUGAACGAGGAGAGUAUGCACCUCUGGAGUGAGGAGCGCAAAGAGUCGGGCAGGCCAGACCCUUUCACAUUUGGCGAAACGCAAGCCGACACCCCUCUUCUUAACGCUAGGGACUUUUGGGUCAACUCGGCAGCAACGAGACUCCGAAGAGUCCUCCAAGAGUCUAGUCUCGCGGUGUCUCACAUCUGCGAAAAGAUUGACAAACAUCUUCUUGAUAACCGAGCAUUGGCACUACCGAGGAGCAACAGCUUCAAAGAAAGCAAGGAUGAUGCCUCAGCCCAUCAAGAUACCGCAAAGAAGAACAUUGCGGCGCGCAGGAACGCCCUGACCUGGCUCAAUGAAGCUUCUCUAGUGGUUGACGAGGUCAUGCAUUCGCUCAGAGAUAAUGUCACACAGUUGAGCUUGUCUGAUCCCAUCAUUCGCGAGAUGUUUUGCGAUGGCAAGUCUGGACGUGGCAACUCUCGCGAAAGGCAUAACAUUCGGAACGCCCGAGCAGCUGAAAUGGCUGACCUGAAGCGGAGACUUGAUCGUCUGGUGGAGAGAUUGAUCAAGAUGCGAGCUCGACUGGACAAUCGCGUGAAGGAUGCACAAAAGGCUGUAAGACGAACCUCUAGAUGA